UUUUGCAUACUCAAAUUUAAAAAAAAAAUAAAAAAAUAAAAAUUACUAAUUGAUAAAAAGGCCGUCCGUCUGCAAUCGGGUCGGAUUGACGCGUGCUUGUCGUUUUAAUUAACAUCGGCGGGAAACAGUUUAUUUAUAAGUACGUGAAAUAAGAUUGCCAUAUUUGGUUUAAUUCAUUUUUUUUCCUGAGGUUUUCAAAAAAAUUUCAAACGUUUUGAUCGUUAUCUUUUUUGUCACUUGUGUACUCCAUUAAUACAGCAACAGUUCAUUGUUUUCUUUUCCUUCCUUGUUUUUUUCUCUUUAAACCAAGGUUUCAAGCUUUCUGGGUUUGGUGGUGAUCAAGUAAUCUUUUUCGGUGGAAAAUUCACUUGAAGUUGAUGACUAUGUAUCAGCAAGAUUCAGAUUUUGUGCAUUGGGUUCUGGGUGGCGACCCUUUUUACCAUUCUGUAUAUAAUAAUGACAUGGUGCAGCAAGAUGCUGGUGACAUCUAUCAUCAUACAUACUAUUUUAGAGGUCAUAGUCAUACUGAUACACAAAGCAGCCAGAUAGAGAAUGAUGAGGUCAUUGCUCGUACCCUUCAGGAAGAAUUCUCUCAUCUUGCUGUGGCAGAAACUUCUGAAUUUUCUCAUGCUGGGGAAGAGCAAUUGCAAGCAUCCUGUGAACCUCAUGAUUGGCUUACUCCUUCAACAACAGACUACUGUUAUUCAGGCUAUGAAUAUGGCCAGGAUGAAUCUGAUGAUUUGGUGCUACAUAGUUCAUGCUCUAGUUCUAGCCCCAGUGAUUCAGAGGAUUAUUCUGGCUCAUUGGAGCUGACUGAGGGUUAUUUACUUGAUGAUGAAGUAGGCAAGAGGUUGAAUCAAAUGGUUCCUAUUCCUCAUGUCCCUCGAAUCAAUGGCGAAAUACCAUCAAUUGAUGAAGCAAUGUCUGAUCAUGAGAGGUUGUUAAGCAGAUUGCAGGUAUAUGGUUUCAUGGAGCUCAAGGUUCAGGGAGAUGGCAACUGUCAGUUCCGUGCACUGUCACAUCAGUUAUUUCAUACACCUGAUAAUCACAAAAUUGUGAGACGACAAAUUGUGAAUCAGCUUAAAUCUAACCCUGAAGCAUAUGAAGGAUAUGUCCCCAUGGAUUAUACAGACUAUUUGAAGAAGAUGUCAAAGAGUGGCGAGUGGGGUGAUCAUGUUACAUUGCAGGCUGCUGCGGACAGGUAUGGUGUUAGAAUUUUUGUCAUUACAUCUUUUAAGGACACUUGUUACAUCGAGAUUCUUCCUAACUUCCAAAAAAUGAAAAGCGUUAUUUUCUUGAGUUUUUGGGCCGAAGUUCACUACAACUCAAUCUACUGCCAAGGAGAUCCUCCUUCAUCCGAGGUUCCAAGGAAGAAAAGAUGGUGGAAUUUUGGGAACUAACACUGCAAAGAUGAGCCAGGCUUCCAAUAAUUUCCUCCCUCUGACUUGCCAUAAAAUGUAAUCAUACUUGAUAGUUGUAUUGUAAGGAGAAACAAUAUGAUAUAUUUUUUAAUUCCCUUUGAAUUUUAUGAAAUAUUCACAGCUUAAUUCUUUCAUGCAUGAAAUAAAUUGAAAGAAAUCUGUUAUA